AUGCGCAGUCGGAGCCCCAGCCGGCACGGCGCGGCCGCCACGGCGGGGGAGCACGUCAGAGCCCGCCGGCGUCGGGGGGGCCCGUCCGGCAGCAGGGGCCUCGCCUUGGGCGUCUCUGGCCGAGGCGGGAGGGUCCUCGUCACCCUGUUCCCCGGAGUUAGGACGGCGGCGGCGGCAGGGGGCGGAGUCGCCCCGCGCCCUUUGUCGGUGGAGGCCGUUAUGCCCUCUUACAAUGCUAUACUUUCCCAAGGGGAGAACAUGGAGGAAAAGGAAUUGAAUGAUGGAUCACAGAUAGUCAGGUCUCAGGAAUCCCUGACAUUCCAGGAUGUGGCUGUGAACUUCACCAGCGAGGAGUGGGACCAGCUGUAUCCUGCUCAGAAGAACCUUUACCGAGACGUGAUGCUAGAGAACUAUAGGAAUCUGGUAGCACUGGGGCAUCAACUUUAUAAGCCAGAGGUGAUCUCUCAGUUGGAGCAAGAGGAGCAGUGGGUGAUGGAAAGAGACAGCCCACUGGAGAGUCAUGCAGAUGGGGAGAAUAGACCUGAAAUCAAAAAAUCAACCCCAAACCGGAAUAUUUCUGAUGAAAAUCAAAAUCAUGAUAUGGUAAUGGAAAGACUAACAGGAGACAGUUUCUGGUACUCCAUCUUAGGAAGACUCUGGAAUUUUGAUUACCAGUUAGAGUUUAACCAAGAAAUCCAGCAGGGACAUUUAGCACAAGUAUCUUUGACCCACAAAAAGAUCACACAGGAGAGAAACCUUGACUGUGAUAGAUUUGGAGAAAACUGUAAUGUGAACUCAAACCUUAUUAUGCAUCAGGGAAUUCCUUCAGUUAAAAUACCCCUUAGUUUGGACACACAAGGAAAUCGCAUCAAACAUAAUUCAGACUUGAUUUACUAUCAGGGGAACUAUGUAAGAAAUAAUCCUUAUGAAUAUGAGUGUGGAAAAAUCUUCAAUCAACAUAUUCUUCUUACUAAUCAUAUUCAUACUGAAGAGAAACUCAGUGAAUGUGGAAAGGUCUUCAACCACAACUCAUCUCUUACUCAACCUCAGAUAGUCCUUACAGGAGAGAAGCCCUAUAAGUGUGAUGAAUGUGGGAAAAGAUUCAGCCAGAGGAUACAUCUUAUUCAACAUCAGAGAAUUCACACAGGAGAAAAACCUUUUGUAUGCAAUGAAUGUGGAAAAGCCUUCCGUCAACAUUCAUCCUUUACUCAACAUCUGAGAAUUCAUACUGGAGAGAGGCCGUAUAAAUGUAAUCAAUGUGGUAAAGCCUUUAGCCGUAUCACAUCCCUUACUGAACAUCAUCGACUUCAUACUGGAGAGAAACCAUAUGAAUGUAGUUUUUGUGGGAAAGCCUUCAGCCAGAGAACACAUCUUAACCAGCAUGAGAGAACUCAUACAGGAGAAAAACCUUAUAAAUGUAAUGAAUGUGACAAAGCCUUUAGCCAGAGUGCACACCUUAAUCAACAUAGGAAAAUCCAUACUCGGGAGAAAUUAUGUGAAUACAGUAAAUGUGAGAAACCCUUAGGUCCCAGUCCUUCACUUACCCAGCAGCAGCACAUAACUUAUGGUGGAAAAAUCAUAUGAAUAUAUAAAUGUAUGAAAACUAAGUCAGAUCUUUUUAUCCAAUUCAAUAUCAUUAUUCACAGAGGAAAAAAAAGCUUAUAAAAAACUUUUAAUGCAUUGAAACUAAAAUAAAUUUAGGUCUUAAAUUAGUAGCAUAUUCCCAGGAGAGGAUAUAAAUAGUGAAAAUAAUUUAUUUUAUAAGUAAGAUUAUAUUAAGAAUCAUGUUCCAAAUCUGAAAUCAAACUUUUUUUUCAAUGCCUAGAAACCUUGUAGGCAAUAAUCUGUAAUUAUUCACCUGUAACUUUUAUGAUACAAAGUUUUUAAAAAUUAUGUAAGCUUUAAGGCAGUGAUGCA